AUGAUGAAGUUCCAUCUUCUGAAUCAGCCUAGGGUUGCUCUCGUAGCGGCAAAUGUUAGGGUUCCGGAGAUGAUGAUCGGAGGCGUGAGAGAUUUCAGCAAGAUGACAUUUGAGAAGAAGAAGAAGGAAAAUGCGGAGAAUCAAUCGGAGAAAGGCUCGAUGCGUGGCGAGGCUGAUCAAGGUAACAAAGGAGAGCAACUAAUCGUUAGUUAUUGGGGCGUGAAGCCGAUGAAAAUCACCAAAGAUGAUGGAACUGAAUGGAAAUGGAGUUGCUUUCGGCCAUGGGAGACGUAUAAAGCAGAUCUAACUAUAGAUUUGAAGAAGCACCAUGUUCCAUCUACUUUAUCGGACAAAUUAGCUUAUUGGACGGUCAAAUCACUUCGAUGGCCUACCGAUUUGUUCUUCCAGAGGCGGUACGGGUGCAGAGCGAUGAUGCUGGAAACGGUUGCAGCGGUUCCAGGAAUGGUUGGAGGGAUGUUAGUACACUGCAAAUCGCUGAGGCGGUUUGAACAAAGUGGCGGUUGGAUCAAAGCCUUACUUGAAGAAGCAGAGAACGAGAGAAUGCACUUGAUGACAUUCAUGGAAGUCGCGAAACCAAAUUGGUACGAACGAGCUCUUGUGAUCGCGGUGCAAGGCGUUUUCUUCAAUGCUUAUUUCCUCGGUUACUUGAUCUCACCCAAAUUUGCUCACCGUAUGGUUGGUUACCUUGAGGAAGAAGCAAUUCACUCUUACACUGAAUUCCUCAAAGAACUCGAUAACGGUAACAUCGAAAACGUUCCUGCACCGGCCAUCGCAAUUGAUUACUGGAGACUCGAAGCGAACGCAACGCUUCGUGAUGUUGUUAUGGUGGUCCGUGCUGAUGAAGCGCAUCACCGUGACGUGAACCAUUAUGCAUCCGAUAUUCACUACCAAGGUCGUGAGCUGAAGGAAGCUCCAGCUCCUAUUGGCUAUCAUUGA